AGAACACAAAAUGCCGGUACGAGACGUUCACAACGAAUAUAAUGCUGCCGUACGAAAAGUUCAGAGAACUGAUAAGCUACCACCAAAGCUUCUUUUUGUUUUAAGAGCAGUAUCAUCAUGCUUCGGUUUCUGCAUGUCCAUUUUCUUGAUCACUGUUGGUUGGAUUAAUAAACGCAAUUGUGAAGCAGAUAAGCACAUUCCAUAUUGGCUCAUUAUCACUGGAAUUGUUAUUUUUAUCAGUGCACUCAACUUCCCAUUCUACCUUAUUGGUUGGCGUCGUGCAAAGCAAGCAAUGGCUCCACAAACCUCAACAGAAACAGACAUCAAAAAUGCGACUCCAUUGAAAAUGCAUCGAAUUAGUAGAUUUACGUUCUGCUGUUUGUGCAUGUGCAUUCCAAUUGGUAUUCUCUGGACAAUGCAAAUCUAUGAUAAUCAUGAAAAUUGUGACAAUCUUACAUAUUGGACUGCAUUCAGUGUUAGCAUUUUGUAUUUGUGUUGGAUGUGUCUCAUGGUAUCUGUAUGCCUUCUUGGAUGCUGUAUGGUUGGAGCUUCACGUGUAUCGAAACAAGUUACUGCUGCUAAACUUAAGAAACAGCAAAGUGCAAAUUCAAAUGCAUAACUUUUUUGAAAUAAUUCAUUUUCCAUAUUCUUGCCCACACAAAUUUUGAUUUCAAUUCUCAUUUUGAAAUCAUGUAAUUUUUUACCUUCACAACGAGCGACAAUGCAAACAUGUAACUGGUUUUCAGUAAUCAUUAACUGUACCAAUCUCUAUUCACCCGGUUUAUUGGAUUUUUUAUAUACACUAGUUUGCAAAACUAUAUAAAGUUGAAUUUU